AUGGCCUCCACAUCAUCUAGUGUAGAUGUUCCCGCACCAGACCCAACUGUGGCGCCUACAAUUCAAUCACCUGGUAACCAAGCGCUAAACGAUGUCGAGAAAAUCCGGGAUCUGGUCGCACGACGCAAUCAAGCGCUCGACUCCUUAGACCUUGACCAAGAAGAGAAAGAUGAAUUACGUAAGGAUUUGAAUCAGACAGGUUGGCCGGUAACUCUUUGUAAAGGUGGCUCACAGGCAAUGAGGGCCACGAAUGAGUCGUUCGAUACCCGCGAUCUCUAUGCACUGCUCUGUAUCAUGCGACACAUGAUCAUACGACACCCCGAUGUUGUGCCCGACGAAUUGAAUCUCUUCUUCUUGAAUCAGGACAGCAAGAAGUUUAGCAAUAAGUGGAGCAAGAUGCAACAGAAGUGCAACGAUAAUUGGAAUGAAGCAGAUGACGAGGAGCUGAUAAGGCUGUACGAGGGCAUCAACAAGACUUUCAAGGAUAUUGCUAGUGAGCACUUCGCAGAGUUUCGAGAAGCCGCGAAGAAAUUUCCGGAACCGGGUAUACUGAUCGAGAUUGCGCAUCUCACAGCUAAGAAAAGGCUGACAGCUAAAGAAAGGAAAGCGAAGCAGAUGGCAUUGGCAAAUCAAUGGAAAGCAGUACAAGGCAUGUCGUCGAACGACCCAGUCGCCACUGCAUCCGGUAACACAAGCACGAUACUCAGCAACCUGGAGUACUUAUUCGUCUACAACGGUCUAGCAGACGUGAUAGCUACUGAGAGUCAAAGAGACGGACGCACGGGCCCAUUUGCCGAUGCGUAUGCUAACGCCCAGAUGUCUCUACGAUUGUCUGCGGCGGUUGUACGUGCUGAGGAGCAGAAACUAAUCAUGGUAGCCCAUCUCGCAUCGAAGAAGAAGAAUGACCAGGGAUCUAGUGGCAACAACCAAGGAGUUGAAGGUAAUGAACACGCUGGCCAGGGAUACGACGAUGGCACAGGUAGCAGUGCAGGUGGCAGGAAUUAG